AUGGCCAGCUCAUCAGAAUCCACUGGGAUGAAGUCCUUUAGCGGCGACACCGAAGACUCCAAAGAGUAUCGGAGAUGGAAGGUCUGGGUCACUAACAAACUCCUCACCUUAGGUGACAAAGUUCCGGACACUGCUCGUGGUGCUUACGUGUACACGUUGCUGUCAGGGAAGGCAUUGGAGUGUGUUGAGCACCUGGAGCCCCCCCCGUAUCAAAAGAAAGAUGGAGAGAACGUUUUGUUCGAUUUGUUGGACCAACGCUUUCCUCAGAAAGAUGCCUCAGAUGAGAUGUCAGAGGUGCUCACCGAGGUGUUUACAUUGAAAGUUGCCGAAGGAGAAUCGCUCAAGGCUUGGAUCUCCUGUGCCACCGAACUCUUCGACAGGUGUCAUCGCAAAGUGAACGUCAGCUUCCCCGAAGAAGCAAGAGGCUGGAUGAUUCUGCAUCGACCAGGGUUGACUGACGAAGAGAAAGCAGUGGUUCUCGCCAGAUCCCUCGGAGUGUUGAAGAAGGAAGAGAUUGGAAGAGCGAUGAGGUCUUGCUACCCCGACUUCACCGUGGGCAAGCUUUGCGCGACAGCAAUCUCUCUGGUUGAGGACACCUCCACUGCUGGUCUUGAUGAAGGCCCCGUGGACGAUAUGGAAGAAGAAGAGUCCAGUGCUUACAAGAAGAUCCAUCAGAAGCCUAUGACGAGAGCCUCCAAGGGGAAGGAAAACGCUGCCGCUCUUGUUGUUGAAGAGGGCUUCAUAGCAACGGUGAGCAGUCAACAUGCUCCAUGGUUGUCCUUGCAGCUGCUGAGGGACAAGCUGACUCCUUCUCCCGACAUUGGUGUGGAACAGUUGCUGGUGAGUUCUCCCGGCUACGGAAUGCUUGAUUCCGGUUGUGGUCGGUCCAUCAUUGGGGCCGAUACUUUGGCUGAGUUCAUGGAGCUCUGGAAGACCCGUGAUAUGACCAUUCCAACUCCAUUUGAUGAAGUCAACCAUUUCAAGUACGGCAAUGGCCAUGGAGAGACCACCCAGCGAUCCAUCCGGGUUCCUGUCGUCUUGGGAGGGCGCUCGGGAACCGUCAAAGCUGCCAUUGUGCAAGGACAAGCCCCUUUGCUUGUAUCAAGGAGUGCUCUGAAGGCGCUCAAGGCCGCGAUCAAUUUUGACACCGAUGAGUUGACAGUGUUUGACAGUAGGACAGUGGUUCCUUUGAGCACCAACCAGGCUGGCGAGUUCACAGUUGAUCUUCUUGGAUCACAUCCCUGGACGGAGAGUUUUGCUGAGGUCAUGUUGUUGGGGGAUGGCUCAAAGCCGCAGCCCUCUUGUGAGCAUUCGCAUUCCACCGAGCCAAGCGUGACGCCGGAGUCCACGCCUUGCGCCGACACUCCAUCAUCAUCUUCGCAGGACAUGCCUGUUUUGGUGGAAGAGAGCUUACAAGUCGAUGCCAUGCCGAAGCAUCAACUCCAUCAGUUGGAGGCCUCCGUGAAGUCUUGGAUGUUCGACCGGCUCCGCAACCGUCGUAUCUAA